AUGGCCAACUCUUCAUCUCGCUUCUCCUUCUUCCUUCUCUUCCUCCUCCUCCACUUCUAUCUGGGGAGAAGCCAACUGGAGGCGAACUACUACUCCAAGAGCUGCCCAAGAGCCGAAGAGAUCAUUAAGGAGCAAGUCACACAGCUUUACCACAAACAUGGCAAUACCGCCGUUUCCUGGCUCAGAAACCUCUUCCACGAUUGCAUGAAGUCAUGUGAUGCAUCCCUGCUGUUAACAAGCAAGAACGACGUCGUGUCGGAGCAGGCGUCGUCCAGAAGCUUUGGCAUGAGGAACUUCAAGUACGUCAACACCAUCAAAGAAGCUCUCGAGCAAGAAUGCCCCUCCACUGUCUCUUGCGCUGACAUCGUUGCUCUUUCUGCCAGAGAUGGCAUUGUCCUGUUGGGAGGCCCCAGCAUUGAGAUGAAGACGGGAAGAAGAGAUAGCAAGCAAAGCCAUUUACCAGUGGAAGAUUUCAUCCCUAACCAUAACGACUCCAUUUCCUUAGUGCUCUCUCGGUUUCAAUCUAUCGGCAUUGACGUUGAAGCCACGGUCGCUCUUUUAGGCGGUCACUCGGUGGGGAGAGUUCAUUGCGUGAAUAUGGUGGAUAGGCUCUACCCGACCGUGGAUCCGACGUUGGACCCUGAACACGCGGAGUACCUGAAACGCAGGUGUCCGACUCCGAACCCGGAUCCGAAGGCUGUUCUGUAUUCGAGGAACGACCUCGACACUCCCAUGAUCAUUGAUAACCAAUACUACAAGCAUAUUUUGGCGCACAAGGGUCUUCUUCACGUGGAUGCGGAGCUGGCCAGUGAUCCCAGAACCUCGCCUUUCGUCCAGAACAUGGCUUCUGAUAACGAAUAUUUCCUCCAACAAUUCUCCAGAGCCAUUCUUAUGUUGUCGGAGGCCGAUCCUCUCACCGGCGAUAAUGGUGAAAUCAGGAAGGAUUGCCGCUACGUCAAUCCCAAUUAGAUAUUGCACCACACACACCCAUCUCCAAUCCUUGUAUUUUGUAUCCACUAAACCCAGUGCCUAAAAUCUAAUAAAAUCACAUGCUUGCCUUCUCAUGAAUCCUAGUUAAUUAGCAACCCACACAGCUAUUGGGCCUUUCCUCUU